GUCUGUCAUCUCACACAUGUCACAUGCCCUGCAGAUGAACUUUUCAACUUUUCCACACAUUUUUCGUGUCAGAAUGGUUUUAUAAUGACAUCAAAGACUUUGUAUUUAUAUUUAGUAGAUAGUUGGGAAGGGUCAGACAGAAGUCAACUAUCGUCUGAAAAUGAAUGCCUAUGUAAUCCCUUUCACAGUGGCAGUCCUAUCUAUCGGUAUCUACCUGAUACCGAGCCCCAUUGACCCUCAACCAUACACCUUCCGUGAUUACCCACCUGAGCUUAUUGGACCGUUAAAGCCCAACUACAAGCUACAGAAAGCAAAGCAUAUCUUUGAAAAUGUUGUGAUAGGACCAGAGACAUUCACAGCAGAUAAAAAAGGAUACAUCUAUACUGGCUCAGCAGAUGGCAAACUUUGGCGGUUCAAGGGAGACGAUUUACAACUGCUUGGUAGGACAGGAGUUGAUGACACCAGAUGUGGUUCUUUAGAAAUGGAGUCUGUGUGCGGCCGCCCAAAAGGCAUGAAGGUCGAUAGCCAUGGGAACCUGAUAUUUGUUGAUGCGUACAAAGGAUUGAUGAAGAUGGACUUGGUGACAAUGGAGAUUGAGAUGCUGGUAUCUAGUGAGACAGGGAUAAAUGGUGUUCCUUUUAUGUUUCUGAACAGCAUUGACAUUACAAGCAAUGGGACUAUCUACUUCACAGACUCAACGACACGAUGGACAAGAAAAGAUUACAGAUUUGAGGUGAUAGAAACGAACCACCUGGGACGUCUGCUCUCCUAUGACCCGCGUACAAAAACAUUGAGCCUGGUUCUUGACAAUCUCUACCUAGCCAAUGGUAUUGCUCUCUCUCAAGAUGAGUCGUACAUCCUUAUCCAAGAGAUGAGUAUUAUGAGGAUAUUGAAAUAUUACUUGAAGGGGCCGAGAGCUGGCAGUUCAGAGGUCAUUAUGGAGAAUAUGGCCGGCUAUCCUGACAACAUCAAGUUAACGAAAUCAGGCACUUUUCAUGUGGCCAUGGGUGUGACAAGAUUCAGGAAGGCUGGCAUACUCAAGUAUGCUCGGCCAUUCUUGGAUGUUAUUGGGCCAUAUCCGGCUCUAAAAAGGCUUAUAGCAAAGCUGACACCACUCUGGGCCUACAGCAUCUUCCUCCCCCGCCAUAACUAUUUCCUCGAAAUUGACGGAGACGGCAACAUCUUGAAGAGCUUCCAUGAUCCAGACGGGAAGAUAAUACGAGGAAUCAGUGAGGUGUUUGAGCACGACGGCAGGUUGUACAUCGGACAUCACGAGUUUCCGUACGUAAGUGUCAUGGAUGUAAAGGAUUUAGAGGACUAGGGAAUCUCAUCGAGGCUCAUUGAGUGUCCGACUCUGGAUUCUCAACUAUGUAGGAGACUGAAAAUUCUCAUGGACUUUGUGAGCUGUGUAUGCCCAAUUUCUUAGAGUAGCUAGAAUUCUCACAUCUAAUAGACAUUGUGGCCAAUGGUAGAAUUGUUGUGCAGUGUCACAGGAAGGACUACUCCAUUGACUAUGUUACUGUUGUGAGGGUUGGAAGUGUGCAUACAAAUGCGUCUGAAAUAUAACCUCAUUGAGAGUGGACGUUUUCUGAGCCGAGUGGAAUUGACCACCCUCAAUAACAAAGAAGUUGGUCAAUGUACCGUAAAUGUAAAGUGAUGUGAACCAAUAUAUAAGUCUUUCAAAAAAGAGUGCAAAAACAUUUGACUCUUUCUAUUGUUAAAUUUCAACCUAUUAAGUAAGUGUGAGUUAAUUCUGCAAAGGAUCCUUUAGGAUGUAAGUGUGAUAAAUGUCAUUCUUUUAGAUGUUACUGUAGACAGUAGUGCAACUACCAAUGAUAAAUAAAUGGUUGCAAUUUA